GAGUCGCCAGUUUGUUUCCAAAGCAACCACUGAUUCUGGGGGCCUGAGGUGAGACAUCUGGAGCUUGUUAUUCAGAAGUGCUGAGCUCUCCUGACUCUGGGAAGUUCAGCUGGAAGAACAGGUUCUAGAUUCUCUUACCAAUUCUGUCUGAGGUGGGCACAGAGUCAGAUGCCACUUUUGACGUUUUAGCCAAAAUACUGGGUGCAAGGGCACUCCGUGGCAGAGUCAACCCGAGCAGGGUGCAGGGCCUGGGGCAAGCCCAUGCAGGGCCCCACCCCUGCUCCAAUCCCAUGCGCCCCAGACCUGAAGAGGCUACCGCUGCCAUCUGUGGCGGGGGGGAGCGAAGCCGCCAGAAGCAGUGCGGAGUCACCACGGCAGCUCCACCCAGCUCCAGGGGGCUCCCCAAAGCGUGGGGCCUGGGGCGGCUACCCCGAUUCACCUCCCCCUAGGGAUGGCCCUGCUCAGUGGGUCAAUGCCAGUGCUGGGAGCCCACAGUGCCACAGCCCGGUGUGACUGCUAAUGGGAGCAGAAACAUUGCUGUUCUGAUUUUACACCUAUUCUGUGCAGUGCUGAAUGAAUACAGGGAACCAGCUGAAUGAACUGCCUCCUCUCCUAUCACAACUAGUGCUGGGACAUGUCAAGAAGUUCAGAGGUUUGGUUUAACCAAGCAGCCUAACAUCCGUUGCUUUUCUUAUCUGAACUGCUUACAUCUGCAAAUCAGGCUAGUUGGGAGACGGCCCAAGCUUCCUGAUCUAUGACAAUCAGGCUGAAACGCUCAGAAUAGUUCCCUCUCUUCUAGCUGGAAUGAGGAAGUGGCCGUGUGUGUGGGGAUAGGGGAACUAUUUCUACUGAAUGUUUUUUACAUUGGAAAAAAAAAGAUUUGGCUUAGAUUCUCAUUGUACUGCUCCCAGCUUGCUCAUCCACACCCAGCCACAAGCAAUCUGCAUCUUUUCUUCUCUUUGUCCCCCCUCAUAAACUGGCCUUUGGAACUACUUGUCCAGGAGCCUGAUGAAUUAUGCUGGUGUCAGUUCUCCUACCUUUGAAAAAUCAUUGGAAGGAAGGAGAAAGCAGCCUCAUCUUGCAUCUGCUGAAAUUGACAGCGAAGCUCCCGCUGACUUGAAUGGUGUGUGGUGGCUGGUUUUGUUUCGGUGUUGAUUCACAUGUUUAUUUUUAACCGUUGAGAUUUUAUCUGAGUUUAUUCAAAGAGCACUGCAAAAUCAAAGACUACAUCAGUUCUCUAGGACUGCAAGGAAUCUGUAGAGCAUCAUGCAUAACGCAGGUGACAACAUUUUGCCCAGUAAAAGCUUAUCUCUACACUAUCAGCCCUGAUAACUGCUGGGGUGCAGAAGAUCUGCUGUGUCACCAGCUCUCCAGGGAGUUGUUACAAACUGGAUAACUCUCUCUGAGAACUGUAUGAAUGCAAACACAGCAAAACUUGUUGAGUUUCUAUUACAGUUUUGUGGGGUCUGGAAAAGCUUUGCCUGCCUGGGAUCAUUUCCACAUUUGAAGCAGAGAGAGGUCUGAACCAAGUUCUUGGAUCAGAGUUCCCCAGAACUGGGGAGGUUUGAGUGGAAUACUGAACUUGGUGGCUCAGAUCUCCCUUGUUCAAGUGAUGGUUUGGGCUUCCAUUGUGACAGGUCCUGGUUACAGGCAGGUUCCUGUUCUAUGCCAUUUCAACGGAUCACACUCUGACAUGUGUUCAUUAGCACAGGUUGAGUUUUUGUUUUUAUUUUUUUGCAAUCAGGAUUCAUGGUAGAGGUGUUAUCUUUUAUUAGACCAACUAGAUUUUCUGCAAAAAGAAAUUUCUUUAAUUGCAAGCAUUCGAGUGCAAACACCCUUCAUCAGGCAUUGCAGAAAAGACUGCAAAAGUUCUCCUGGGUAGAAAUUAAAGCUCAUAUUUCAUAGGAGAGCUGAAGGUGGUAAAAUCUCCUGUUUGGAAAAGUUCAUUUUAUAUGCAGAUUAGGCUCAGAGAAAAGUUGGAAUAGCCUGUUUACCUCACAGUUUUGUUGGUAAGCAGGAUGAAUUCAUAUUUCCUUCUGGUUAUGGUGUUUCAUAUUUAACAGAGGAGUCAGUAGAUGGGAUGCUUCUCUGGGCAGGAAUUUCUUAUCAGGUGAGGCCUCUGAGCGUUGAUGUGAGGUUCUGUGAAGAUAAUUACCUCAAACAAAGGCAGGAGUGGUAUCUCUGGGCUUAUGUACACACCAUGAUUUUUGCCCUUUCAUGGGCUGCAACUAUGUGUCUGUUUGCAUGAGCAGGAUUUCCCCAUGCUUUAAAAGUCUAUCUUGUGCAUUAAACUAAAACUCCUCAGUUGUAGUUUAGUUUGGCUCUCUGGGAAUUAAAGCAUCAUUCAUGUCCAUGGAUUUGUUGGGUGCAAACACAAAGGCACCUAAAGAUGUGCAAAGGAGCCUCUUUGUCCACCAAAUGGCACUGCAUAUUUUUUUUUGUAGUUCACCCCUUCAAAUUGCUUUUACUUUCGAAUUGCUUCCACUUUUUUUUUCUUGUGUGGCUUUUUCUUUUUUUUCUUGUUUGCUAGCUCCCUGCUUCCACAGCUGUGUUGCAGGGCACAGGCACAGGGUGGGUUGGGGGAAGCAGUGCUGAACUGGGACCCAGCUUAAUUCGUUUGAAAACUUAAGUGUGUGUUAACACAGGUGUGAUGCUCCAAAAUAAACAAGUUUAAAUUUUAUAAACAUUUAAUUUAAUGAGGAUUAAAAAACCCAUGGUGUGUACAGGGGCCCUCUGGUUUCAGGUGGUCAAAGGUGCUUCCUCCUAGUAAAAUUAUGAAGAUUUCAUUUUUUAAAAUUGUGUUAAAAAAAACAUUUUAAAAAUGUUAUUAUUUUUUGAGUUUUUUUGCUUGUUCCUAUUAACAUAUUGUGUCCUUUUCAGUAUAUCUGAAACUCUGAGUUACUAUUUAAAAUUUUGUCUACAACAAAGAAAAGAGAGAACUCUCCAUGCUGUUGAUUGAGCGGCAGAUCCUGUCUUCCAUAGAAGACAUAGGGGUUCCGCUCUUUUCAGAAUCAAGCUGAUGCCAAAUUAAGUUAAACAGCCACAAGAGAGCAGCAGAGAACAAGACAUGAGCACUUCAUCUGGAAAAGUAGAUCUUUGUCUACAAAAGGCUGAGAAGCCUUGAGAUAUUAUACCAGUAAUUCUCACCAGGGUGCUGUGAAAUCCUUUUAAGGAUGCCAUGGGGAUCUGCGCAAUAUUAGCAUUGUUAACUGUGAAGAGAUCUGCACAUGACUCACAAAAUAAACCCAGAGAUUUCAAGUAGGAAUUGAUGGUGUCUAAAAUAUUCUGACCUGCUGUGGUCUUUUUGCUUUUUUGCAAUAUUAGAAUUGCUCUAUUUUUUUUUUUUUUUAGUGUAAUAAAAAAAAACCAGUGAAAGCUAGGAGCUGGCAUUUUCUGAGGGGUGCCUUGAGUCUAAAAAUGUUGAAAACCGUAACUCUAUAUGAUUCUGAGUCCAGCUUCUGUUGUAAAGGUUUCUCUUUAAAAUGAGACUGAGUGUUUAAACAUGUGACAAUUAAAUUCAGAAAGAAAUGAAAAUUCAAACCUGGGCUGUGUGAGACUAGCAAAUGGUGGCUUAUAGCAUGACACGGAGACAACCACCCAGAGUACUACCACGAGGGGAUGCAGGAAUCGUGAAACAGUGUACAAUAUUCUCAACCUGAACCAGAUCCUAGACCUGAUGCUGGUUCAGAUGCUGAUCUGAACUUUCUAAUUACAGCCCACCUGUAAGGACAAAUACUGACUAUUGUGAGAGAUACAGUGGUUUAAAUGAUAGGGAAGCAGAUGCCCACCAAGGCAGAGUUUCAAUUGGGGAAGUGGUUAUUUAGCUGACUGAUUGGAGAGAGAAUUGGAGAGGUCCGCCCUCUCUAUGUUUAUUGGUAGACAGUCUUUCAGCAGGAGAACGGAAACUGAAAGUUCAUCUUGUUUCGCUGUGGCAGGGGUCAUGGCUGCUAAUCUGGUCAAAAACCUCCAGGAAGAAGUGACCUGUUCUCUCUGCCUGGACUACUUUCAAGAUCCAGUGGUCAUUAUAAAAUGUUCCCACAGCUUUUGCCGAGACUGUAUUGGCAAGCACUACAAGGAGGUGGGGACAGAUGUCAAGUGCCCGCACUGCAUGCAGAUCUUUCAGUGGAAAGACUUGAUGGCAAUCAGACAGCUGGCCAAUAUGGUGGAAAUAAUCCGGAAGAUGGGAAGGGAGACAGAGGAAAUAAGUGAGAUCUCCAGGCAUAUUGAAAUGGUCAAAGAUGCCAUCCGCAGCCGGGAGAAAGACAUGGAUGAAAUAAAUGAAAAUCUCUCUCAGAUCAAAGGCGUGAUUACUGAAGACUUUGGUGCCAUGAAAGAGCGUCUUGCCCAGGAAGAGGGAGAGAUACUGAGGAUCAUCGCACAAGAGCAGCAAACAGCCCAGCAAAAAACAGAAGAAAUAAUUGGCCAGCUCACCAGCAAACUGAACAAGCUUGCAGAAUUCAAAACCCAGAUGGAAAGAGGGGCACACAACAGCCUGCUGAAGCAGCUGAAUGUUGAAGGAGAAGUGUGCACAGGCCCUCGUGUGACACUCAAUGAUGAGAAGAUUGUUGCUGUCACAAGUGCUGUAGAACAGUUCAGGAAACAAUUGGAAUCAAUAUUGGAGAGAGAUACGAAGCAACUACCAUCAGAGUUUGGUUCAGCAAAGUACCAAGCAGCUCCCAAAGUACAACCUGGAGAUUUACUUGCUGAGAUCAGUGUUGCCUCUUCAUGUCCGGAGCCUGCAGACAGUAGUCCAGACCCAGUUAUUUCAAGUCAGUUUGCUCCGUGGGCAGAAAACGUGACCUUUGAUCUUGAAAGAAUUCAUCGCCAGCUAGAGGUCAAGGCUGAAAACAGGAAAGUGAUUGUAUCUCUCUAUCCCCCACGUUACAAAGACUCUCCCAAUAGGUUCCGCAUCAGCCAGGUCAUGUGUUCCCAAAGUUUCUCUUCUGGAUUCCAUUACUGGGAAGUAAUUACCAAGGACAGCGCUGGAUGGGCCGUCGGAAUCGCUGACAGAAAGAUUGGUAGUGGGGAGAGACUGGGAAGAACUGAACUUUCCUGGUGUGUGGAAUGGACUAAUGGACAAUUGUCAGCAUGGCAUAGGAACCAGAAAACCCCAUUAAAGGAAGGGAGACCCAUGAGGGUUGGUGUUUUUCUCAAUCUACCAGACAAGAACCUGUCAUUUUAUUCCCUUGCCAAAGAAGAAACACACUUACAUACAUUUGAAAUCAAUAUCUUGGAGCCUGUGUACCCUGCCUUCUGGAUGUAUGGCUUGGAUGAAAAAGGGUCUUUAAGUAUAAAUCAUAUAAAGAAAGAGUAGGCUACAAUACCCAUGAAAAGGGAAGAAUUGGGCUGUAAUGUAUAGAGUUGCUUUAAUGCUGGACAUUAACAGGGGAUGUUUUCUUCUGCUUGUCUCUGUGUUUGCCUUCCUUGUUCCAGACGGCCUGACCUGCUCUGGUUUUGCUAAAGUGACCCUGUCAAACAGUUAGGACAAGAAGCAGCCCAUGCUGACCAUUUCUCUUCCUCCAACUGCAUGUAGCCAGAGACUUAUUUCACAAAGGGCAGCCUCAACCCACAGACUGUAUCUCACUAUGCCAAAGAACAGAGUGUCAAUACAGGUAUGGCACCACUUCAUCCUUUCAAGAGGAUUUCUUCCAGAAGGAUGCAUUUGAACAGGAAAAGCUCAGCAGGAGACAAGACCCUUAAUCUCAGCAGGGCAAACUGGUAUUGGGAGUAAUGUGCUAUAACACAUUCCCUUCCUACACGCAAAAAAGCUUGAGAACGGUAGUUUAAUCAUGAUUUGAAAUCAGGUACAAGACAGGCAUGUUCGAGACUGACUGAUGGACAGGUAAGGUUCUUUGGGUAAAUCUGAUAUCUUUUAUUAGACCAACUCAAAUAGCUGGGAAAAAUUUUCUUUGCAAGCUUUUGGGUGUAAAUACCCUUCAUCAGCCUGAGGAAACAUCUGCAGUUGACUGUGCUCUUCCUGGAUGGAAUGAAUAGUAAAGAAGCCAGAGGCUGGUAUGCAUGCAGGAAAGCCAGUCAGUGACGAUGUAAAUUGAGGAGUCAGUGGAUUGAGGGGGGGAGGAGAGGCAGGAAUGAAUGUAGCUGGUAAAUAUGGAAAGGUACCUGGGGAGUCAGAUGUUAGGCAGGUUAUAAUAUGUCAUAAAUCCAAUGUCUAGAUUUAGUCCAUGAUUUUUUAUAUCCAGUAGGUUGAUGAAGUGAAGUUCAUAGGCUCAUCUUUGAAAGAUUCAUAGAUGUUAGGGUCAGAAGGGACCUCACUAGAUCGAGUCUGACCCCCCGCAUAGGCAGGAAAGAGUGCUGGGUUCAGAUGACCCCAGCCAGAUGCCUAUCUAACCUCCUCUUGAAGACCCCCAGGGUAGGGGAGAGCACCACCUCCCUUGGGAGCCCGUUCCAGACCUUGGCCACUCGAACUGUGAAGAAGUUCUUCCUAAUGUCCAGUCUAAAUCUGCUCUCUGCUAGCUUGUGGCCAUUAUUUCUUGUAACCCCCGGGGGUGCCUUGGUGAAUAAAACCUCACCAAUUCCCUUCUGUGCCCCUGUGAUGAACUUAUAGGCAGCCACAAGGUCGCCUCUCAACCUUCUCUUGCAGAGGAUAAAAAGGUCCAGGUUCUCUAGUCUCUCCUCGUAGGGCUUGGUCUGCAAGCCCUUAACCAUACGAGUGGCCCUUCUCUGGACCCUCUCCAGGUUAUCCACAUCUCUCUUGAAGUGCGGUGCCCAGAAUUGCACGCAGUACUCUAACUGCGGUCUGACCAGCACCCGAUAGAGGGGAAGUAUCACCUCCUUGGAUCUGUUCGUCAUGCAUCUGCUGAUGCACGAUAAAGUGCCAUUAGCUUUUCUGAUAGCUUCGUCACACUGCCGACUCAUGUUCAUCUUGGAGUCCACUAGGACUCCAAGAUCCCUUUCCGCUUCUGUGCCACCCAGCAAGGUCAUUUCCUAGGCAGUAGGUAUGCUGGACAUUUUUCCUCCCUAGGUGCAGCACUUUGCAUUUCUCCUUGUUGAACUGCAUUCUGUUGUUUUCUGCCCAUUUGUCCAACCUGUCCAGGUCUGCUUGUAGCUGUUCCCUGCCCUCCGGCAUGUCCACUUCUCCCCACAGUUUUGUGUUAUAAAAGGUGUUUUGUAAGUUCCCAUUGAGGUUUAGAACUGAGAGAUUGGAGAGAGAAUGGUUUUCCUGUGAGAAAUGUCCCCACCUGGUAUUUAGGUAUUUGUGUCUUUGAUAGAUUUCUGGUGAGCACUUGUUAUUUGGUCUCUCCUACGUAUUUUCCAUCAGGGCAUUUGGUGCAGCAGGGUUGUCCCAGCAGGGUCUGGAUCCAUUUGGUAUGGUUUGGGCCAUAGGAAGUUUGCUUCUGGUGAUGAGGUUGGCAAGGUUUGGUCCUUGUUUGAAGGCUAGGAUGGGUGGUUCUGGGAAGAGAUCUCUUUAAGAAGUUGGUCUUCUUUUACUAUGGGUUGCAAUUGUCUGAGGAUUUUCUGUAUAGGUUCUAGGGAGGGGUGAUAUGUCACAGCCAGUGGUAUGAGAUUCAUGGGGGUUUUCCUUCUGUACUGCAGCAAUUUUUCAUGUGAUAUCCAGGUGGCUCUUUCAAAAAUACAAUCUAUGUGAUGAUUUAGGUCAUGAUGUAUGUGAUGGAUGCUUUUUACUUGCCAAUUCUAGGACCUCUGUGCAGGAAAGGUGCUGCCUCUCACAAGGUUCUCUUUAAGCAUAAUUAUAAAUCCAUGAAGUAAGUGAAGCUGUUGAGCUGAAAAGGUGCUACUGGUACUGUUGCAGUUUUUAAAGUGGUCCAUGUACAUUUUGAAAUAUUUUAAUUAACGUAUGCGGUGUACAUUAUUUGGAAGUAACUCUCCUAACUGGAAUUUGUAUAACGUCAUAUUAGGCCUUGAUCUUCCAAACACUUACUCCCAUGCUGAAAUUUACUACUUAAGUGUAAUGGAGAGAAGAGGACUGAGAUCUUUCCUCUAUUAUGCUCAUCUUUAUGCUGAGUCUCAUGCUUAGAUCCAUGCUAAAAGACAGCCAUGUUCGUUUUUUGUAAUUAUUUUCCCAAGAGCAUUGCACAGUCAAGCUUCAGGUAUGUUCUAUGUAAAUCCUGAGUGCACCAUUAACAAACAGUUCCCAGUCAGCUUCUAGAAAGAAUACCAGACACACAUUUAAUAUACACAAAUACAUUGCAAAUACUAUUUGGAAUACUUAUGGGCAAUUACUUUAAUAAAAACUAUUAGUAAAUCAAA